UUAGAAUGAAAUAGACAAUCAGUUUACCUGUCGUAAAUGAUUUAAACAGUAGAGAAUCAGAAAUAAAAUUAAGUGUUUAGUCGGAAGCCUAAACACGGGUUCCGUUCAUUGCAUCAAAUGAAAAUGUCAAGUUGUCAAGCAAAUACUUCGGAGCACGUGACAAUCAGUUGAUCAAAGUAAUGACGACGUUCGAUCUUCUCUCGUGGGGUGCAAACUCCCACCGUCAACUAGGCCACGAUGUAGAAUCGGAGCAAUGCCUGAUCCCUAAGGCGGCAAAUUUGAACGAACCUCGGGGUCGGGGGCUGAGAGCGUCUGAUAUAACUAAAAUGAGCGGCGGGGCGGGACAUUCUCUGAUUUUGAAUAGGCAGGGGGAGGUUUAUUCCUGUGGACUGAACAGCAAGCAACAGGCCGGUGCUACCGAGGCGCAAAAGUAUGUCGAAAGUUUGGUAAAAAUAGAUACCCUGAAAGAGGCAAUAAUCGUCGACAUUGCCUGCGGUUGGGAUAGCUCAAUGGCUAUUGAUAACGGGGGGUAUUUGUACGCGUGGGGAUCGAACGCCUAUGGGCAAUUGGGCGCUGGUAAAACGCCUGUGCAGAAACCGGCGAUAAUUCAUCUCGAAGAAACUGCGCUGGAUCCGGUUGCGAAUAUCGCAAUGGGACUCCGGCAUUCAGCCCUCGUAACCAUCAGUGGCAACGUACUCGUCGCUGGAUACGGCAACAAGUGCCAAUUGGGACUAAUUGGCGAAUCAAAGAAACCCGUUAAAGCUACCGACACUUUCACGCAAGUACCUGGAUUAACUGGGAUAAAAAGUGUCGCAUGCGGCCAACACCAUACAAUAGCACUGUCGAAAAAUGGUGAUUUGUAUGCAUGGGGUGACAACAAGCACGGGCAGCUUGGGUUCGAUCCGAAGAUAUAUCCGCGUCUUGAAACACCUCUAAAAUUGGAAAACAUAAACAUCGGUCUAGAUGGUAAAAUUUUCACCGGAUGGACGCAUACCGCUGUGCUUUACGAUGGAAAAGUUUUCGCUUGGGGCAGAAACACUUACGGACAAUUAGGGCGCGGAAAUAAAUUCCUUGCGGAAUCCGAACCCACUUGGCUACCCGAAAUUAUAAAAAAUGUGCCCAAGUUUGUGCAAAUCUCUGUUGGAUCGGAGCACAACAUUGCUCUCGCAGAAGACGGUUCAGUGAUGUGUUGGGGAUGGAAUGAGCAUGGGAAUUGCGGGACCGGAACUGUUCAAGACGUUAGAGAACCGGUACGAAUCGAUGUUCUGCAAAAAGGAAGAGGAACUCUUGUCGGAACAGGUUACGGACAUUCGUUUGCCGUUGUGCAAUCCUGAAGA